CCUGCAGGCAGCUCCCUUUCUCCUCCUCCCUCUCUUCCUCUGCAGCAUCAGCAUUCAUCUCUCAUUACUCUCUUGUUUUAUUCCCAUUUGUGGCAGUUCCAUGGUGAUUUUUCUCGUCUUACUUUAGAUUAGGACCAUGUAUUUUACUGGCAUGUAGCUUUUUAGCAGGACAAAGUGACUUCAUAUCUUUUCUUCAGUCUACAUAUGGGCCCUCCACCAGUGACACAAAGGUUUCCUUGAGCUUCAGAAAAAAUGUCAACUAUGGUGUAUCCGCGGGAGGAGAAGCUGGAGAAGCUUUCCCAGGAGGAGAUCAUCUCCAACACAAAGCUGGUGAUCCAAGGUCUGGAGGCCCUCAAGAACGAGCACAACUCAAUCCUCCACAGCCUGCUGGAGACCAUCAAGUGCCUAAAGAAGGAUGAAGAGGCCAACUUGGUCCACGAGAAGUCCAACCUGCUCCGCAAGUCAGUUGAGAUGAUCGAGCUGGGCCUGGGAGAAGCCCAGGUGAUGAUGGCUCUGUCCAACCACCUGAACGCGGUGGAGUCCGAGAAGCAGAAGCUGCGUGCGCAGGUGAGGAGGCUUUGCCAGGAGAACCAGUGGCUGCGGGAUGAGCUGGCCAACACCCAGCAGAAGCUGCAGAAGAGCGAGCAGAGUGUGGCCCAGCUGGAGGAGGAGAAAAAGCACCUGGAGUUCAUGAACCAGCUCAAAAAGUACGAUGAGGAUGUCUCACCCACUCAAGAGGAGAAAGACAGAGAAACGCCAAAGGACAACUUGGACGACCUCUUUCCUAAUGAUGAGGAGGAGCAAGGUCAAGGAAUGCAGCAUCAACACAACAGUGCUGCUGUGGCUGCAGCCCAGCAGGGAGGCUAUGAGAUACCGGCCCGCCUGAGAACCCUGCACAACCUCGUGAUCCAGUACGCCUCCCAGGGCAGGUACGAGGUGGCGGUGCCCCUCUGCAAGCAAGCUCUGGAGGACUUGGAGAAGACAUCUGGACAUGACCACCCUGAUGUCGCCACCAUGCUCAACAUCCUGGCUUUGGUCUAUAGGGAUCAAAACAAAUACAAAGAGGCGGCCCAUCUGCUCAAUGAUGCACUAUCCAUCCGUGAAAAAACCCUGGGCAAAGACCACCCUGCUGUUGCUGCAACAUUGAACAACUUGGCUGUGUUGUACGGAAAGAGAGGGAAGUACAAGGAAGCCGAGCCUCUUUGUAAGAGGGCUCUGGAGAUCAGAGAAAAGGUCCUUGGGAAGGAACACCCAGAUGUGGCCAAACAGCUGAACAACCUGGCUCUGCUGUGCCAGAACCAGGGCAAAUACGAGGAGGUGGAAUAUUACUACUGCCGUGCCCUGGAGAUCUACGAGUGCAGGCUGGGUCCGGAUGAUCCCAAUGUGGCCAAGACCAAGAAUAACCUGGCAUCCUGCUUCCUCAAACAGGGGAAAUACAAAGAGGCUGAGAUUCUGUACAAAGAGAUUCUGACCCGUGCUCACGAGAAAGAGUUUGGAUCGGUUGAUGCUGAGAACAAGCCCAUCUGGAUGCAUGCGGAGGAAAGAGAGGAGAUGAGCAAGGGCAAGCACAAAGACAACACCCCAUAUGGAGAGUAUGGUGGCUGGUACAAGGCCUGCAAAGUCAACAGCCCUACAGUGAAUACUACCCUGAAGAACCUUGGUGCCCUGUACCGCCGCCAGGGCAAACUAGAGGCUGCUGAGACACUGGAGGAGUGCGCCGCGAGGUCUCGCAAGCAGAGCAACACAGGCAUCGAUCCCAUCCACCAAACACGUGUGGUGGAGAUCCUGAAAGAUCCAGAGGGCGAGAGGCGGAGGAGCAGAGACAGCCUGACCAGCGUUAAGUACGAGAGCGGCUCUGAGACCGGCGAGGAAGCCUAAGCCAUCGAGAUUAUUCCUCCAUCCUUCUCUCCUUCCCCCCAACACAGUAACAAAGGGAUGUGUGUUGUCGUACCUUCUGGGCUCCUUUGUUCCUACAGACCAACAGCUCCUCUACCGUUCCUGGUGCCCCCCUGCAGCAGAGACCCCUCUCUCCUGGUUGUCAUCUCUGUUCCCUGCUCAACUGGCAGCUGCUGGGAAGUUUGGUCUUCUCGUCUCUGCCCUGUUGUUCCUCUUUCUGUCCUUUCCUGUCACUAACCAAUGUCAGAAGCCUUUCUUUCAGCUUUUUCUCUCACUUGACAUCAGAUGAAGUUAUUGUAUGUGUGAGUGUGUGUAAUCUAUCCCUGUGAGAACGUCACUUGUGCGUUUUUUUUCCCUCUCUGCAGAAUUAUACUUUUUAAUGUGGGCAUAGUAGAUUUAUUUCUCUAGUUGGUAAGGCUGAAGGUGGAAAAUAAAUGUUGAGAGUUAUCAUGGAAUCAACAUGUGAUAAUAUAUAUUACUUUCUAGAGUUUAUCUGCAUGAUCUCACACACAAAUUGUUGGUUUGGCCCAAACAUUCAAAGCCUAAAAGUGAAAGUUGCAACGUUAGCUGCCAUCUUGGUGCCUGGAUUUUGCCAUUUUAUGUUUCACAGAUGUUUAUUUAAUAUUUCAGCCAUGUGUAUUUCAAGUUUUUAACUAAUACCUGGUUCAUAAAUGGUACUAUAUAUAAUCCCCAAUGAAGGCUCUGCAGCCUCGCUGGUGAGAAACGAGAGAAGGGAACGUUGCCAUUUUUAUUUUCUUUUUAUCUUAGAUGUUGUCUGUUCUUUUUUAAUAAAUAUUGUUUACAUUUUUUAAAAGGCUUUUGAUACGUUUGGCCCAGUUUAAAGGGGGUAGUGUGUUGCCAAAGGCUAAUAAGAGAAAUUUUGCCUGAUGACAGAAAGCUGCUGUUGCCAUGGUAAUAUAUUCUGGUUGCUCCCAUCAGCUGCAGUGUCCUUGGUUUGAUGGCUCGGUUCUGCCGUGGUUCUGUUCUGGGUGUGAAGUCUACAAAUGCUCAUCUUGAUUUUGAAGCCGUCGUUUUAAAUGAAUUUUAAUGCAACAAACAAACUCUGUGAUUUUUAAAAACAUGAACCUGAACCUCCCUGGUUCACAUAUAUACAUACAACCAUGUUUUUUUUUUUCUGAUGGAGUAUUUGCCCAGGUAGAGUGGCUACCUAGCAGAAUUGGUAGAGUCCAUUAAAAUUGGUUGUUUUCCUGCCACAGACUUGGAUUUUGGGUCAAUUUUGAUCCUGUCUCGAUGGCAGAAAGAAAUGUCAUUAAUUCAUACUUGUUCCCCAAAAGUUAUCAAAUUGUUUUGUUUUGGUAGGAUCAUUCCACCCUUUAAAUCCAAAGUUUAAACAAAUCGUUAAUAGACCAGAAUAAUCUGAUUUUGAUGAGUGUAUUUAAACGUCUGACCAGAACCGUGUAUUUCACAUUUAGAGCAGAGACCAGCUGGAGCAUUCUGCAUAAAUAUGAGCCACCUGAGAGAUUGCCUGGAUAUUAUUGAUGGAUUUUAAACCUUAAAAACCCAGAACUGCGUUGAUCUGAUGGCAUUAAAGAUAUAACCUGAUGCGGUAACCUAACAGACGUCAGGGUUGUCCUAUUUCAGUGUGAGUAUGUGUAUAUUUUAGUGGUACAGUCAUUGUGAACCAAUCUGGCUAUGGAAACUGUAAUUUGAACACAGACCUUCUUGGAUUGUGCUGCCUUUUUUUUUUGCUCAGCAUAAAUAUUGUAACUUUAGUGAAUCAUGUUUCCUGGCACCAGAAGUUCAGUGCGAGUCUCUCCUCACGGUUUACCCUAACCGAAUGUAAAUGAUCUUAACAUCUUGGAAGUGUAAUUGUUGGCUGUAUUUAUAGAUCUGACAAGUGCGUUCACUCUAUGGCUUUUCAGUGUGCUACAUGCCUUGAUUCUUCAUUCCUUUCCACUGAGUACACCUAUACAUCUAAUGUAACUCUGAACAAAAAACUAAUACAGUGUUCACACAGUUAUGAUGAUAUUGCAGUUAGUGAAAUGCUUGCUUAUUUAUUGAACUGUCUAUUCUCAACAUAUAGAGUGGGACUUCUGUUUCUAUUUGUGAAAGAACAUAAAACAUAAGCUCUAUAAGCAUUAUCUUAGUGUGUAGGACUGCCUUAUAUCUAUAUAUUCACCAUUCUGCAUUGUGAUGAUUAAUGCAUCAACACUUGUUGGUAUUCUCAAAUAAAGUUUUUCAUUUGUGAA